CUGAAGAGGAUCCAAUGAGUGGACCAAGAAUGCCAAACUGAGUUUUGUUGACAUUGCAUUCAGCAAAUAGCAUUUGACCAUUGAAACGAGCGUCCAAUCGGAUUUCAUUAUUCUGAAGAGGCGGAUGUAUUCGUUUAUGUUGUGUUUCUGGAAAGAAGGGGGAGAAGGAGAAAACAAUACGUUUGUUUAAUUUAGUAUCGCACAAAAGUCUUAUGUACUUUUUAAUUUAUGUUGGUCAUUUCAUAAAUCAAAGAUUGCUGUAAUACCCACUUUGUAAAGUCCUGAAUUGAACCAAGUCAAGGAUCCUUCAUUGAUGGUUCUAAAAAUCUAACCAUGAGCUUCAGCUUUGAGGGAGAUUUCAAAACAAGACCCAAGGUGUCUCUUGGGGGAGCGAGUAAAAAGGAGGAAAAAGCAUCUCUCCUACACCGGACACAAGAGGAAAGGCGAAAAAGAGAGGAUGAAAGACGAAGAUUGAAGAACGCUAUUGUCAUUCAGUCCUAUAUACGAGGAUACCAUGACCGAAAACAGCAAUAUGCCAUCCAGAGGGGCAACUUUGACCGCUGCGUCUGCAAGGCACAGUCAGAAGGUGGACUGCCAAUGUCCGACGCUGCCAGUCUCAGUCUCCUAACGAGGCAACUCCUGUUUUUCUACAGACAGAGUGAGGACUCGCGGAGAUUGAUAUGGAUUUGUCAGAACCUAGUGAAACACAAUGGGCAGUUUUUGAAGCUGCUGGCGGGGCCCGAGAGACAGACGUGUGUGUUUCAGAUCAAGAGGGUUCUGGGCUCCUGCUGCAGACUUCUGCAGACCUGCAAGGAUGACAGUUUGAAUGUUGCCGUCCCCAUGAGGAUGCUGGAGAUCUUUUCUUCAGAGAGAACUUAUCUUCCUGUCCUUGAAGACAUGAAUUGUGUAGCGUCGUUAAUCGAGCAGAUUUUGCACUAUAUGGUACAGAAAGGAUACUACAGGUCACUUUAUAUUCUAGUGAAUCACAAGCUCCCUUCCAGUCUGGAGUACAGUGAUGCUCCCUAUGGUGCACACGUUAUCCCCUUGGCAAGCACACUGCUGGAGCACACGCUGAAGCCCCUGCACUUUACCUACUCCUCCUGCACUACAGGCGCAAGGCAGUUUGUGUUUGCGGCCUUCACUGAGGAGUUCACCUCGGCGCCUUUCACGGAGCAGAUCUUUCAUUUCUUUAUUCCGGCGCUGUCUGAUCCGCGCCUCCACUUCCCCUUUGAGGCCUUCCUGGGCUCCCUGCAGGCCACCGUAGUCUCCUCCGCAGCGGCGCUGAAACGUGCUCCGUGGCUCUUCUACUUUGUCCUCUCAGUCGGGGAGACCUGCCUGGGUUCAUUGUCAGAGGAGGGCCUCCAGCUGUACCUGCGAGCUCUGCAGGCCCUCCUGCCUCUCCUCCCCGUGUCAGAGAGCACCAGCAGGCCGGAGGUCAUCAGUGACUCUGAGGACGAGGAGGACACCAACACCCAGGCUCCGUCCACACAGGACGACAGCUAUCGGAUAUCGGUGCAGCUGAUCACGGAGGAGUGCGUCCGCAAGCUGGACACCAAGCAGCAGACAAACGCGCUGCUCAACCUGGUGUGGAGGGACUCGGCCAGCGAGGAGGUCUUCACCAUGAUGGCCUCCAUCUGCCACACGCUCAUGGUGCAGCACCGCAUGAUGGUGCCCAAAGUCAGGCUUCUGUACAGUUUAGCGUUUAAUGCACGUUUCCUGAGACAUCUCUGGCACCUGAUACAGUCCAUGACCACCAAAAUGAUCACGGGGUCCAUGGUUCCGCUGUUGCAGGUCAUUUCGCGGGGGUCUCCCAUGUCCCUGGAAGACUCCAAUCGCAUCAUUCCCCUCUUCUAUCUCUUCAGUUCCCUCUUCAGCCACUCGCUCAUCUCCGUGCACGACAGCGAGUUCUUUGGCUACCCUAUGGAGGGCCAUGGCCACAGCAAUACCACCAUGAUGCCGUUCACAUUGUCCGAGCUGGUGAACCUGUCUCAGUUGCUGAGGGACGCGUGUCUGGGCAUCAUCAAGCUGGCCUACCCCGAGACCAAGACGGAGCACCGCGAGGAGUACAUGGCCGCCUUCCGCAGCGUGGGAGUCAAAACCAACACAGAGGUGCAGCAGCGCAUCCAGGCCGAGCAGAAACGCUGGGUUCAGCUCUUCAAGGUGAUCACUAACUUGGUGAAGAUGGUGAAGGCUCGUGACAUCAGACGUCCCUUCUGUCCGGCAGGUCAUUGGCUCUCUGAAGAGGUCAACAUCAGAGCAGAUAAGGUGACCCAGCUGUACGUCCCCUCGGCCAGACACGUGUGGAGGACGCGGAGGAUGGGACGCAUCGGGCCCCUGCAGUCCACACUGGAUGUGGGGAUGGAGCCUCCACAGCUGUCUGUGUCUGAGGAGAGACACUUGGCCAUUCUGACCGAGCUUCCCUUCGUCGUGCCCUUUGAGGAACGAGUCAAGAUCUUCCAGAGAUUGAUCUACGCGGACAAGCGGGACGUACAGGGAGACGGGCCGCUUCUGGACGGGAUCAUCGUCACCAUCAGACGGAACUACAUCUACGAGGACGCCUACGACAAGCUCUCCCCAGAAAACGAGCCGGACCUGAAGAAACGUGUCCGGGUGCACCUACUCAACGCCCACGGUCUGGACGAGGCGGGCAUCGACGGCGGGGGCAUCUUCCGCGAGUUCCUCAACGAGCUGCUCAAGUCGGGCUUCAACCCCAACCAGGGCUUUUUCAAGACCACCAACGAGGGCCUGCUUUACCCUAGCCCCACCGCCCAGAUGCUAGUGGGGGACUCCUUCGCCAGACACUACUACUUCCUGGGACGGAUACUGGGGAAGGCCCUGUAUGAGAACAUGCUGGUGGAGCUGCCGUUUGCCAGCUUUUUCCUGUCCAAGCUGCUGGGCACCAGUGCUGACGUGGACAUCCACCACCUGGCCUCGCUGGACCCCGAGAUGUACCGCAACCUGCUCUUCCUCAAGAGCUACGAGGACGACGUGGAGGACCUGGGACUCAACUUCACCAUCGUCAACAAUGACCUGGGAGAGGCACAGGUGGUUGAGCUGAAGCCGGGAGGGAAGGACAUCCCUGUGUCCACGGCCAACAGGAUAGCUUAUAUCCAUUUAGUGGCAGAUUACCGACUCAACAAACAGAUCAGGCCCCACUGCCUGGCCUUCAGACAGGGCCUGGCCAACGUGGUCAACCUGGAGUGGCUGCGCAUGUUUGACCAGCAGGAGAUCCAGGUGUUGAUAUCUGGAGCUCAUGUACCCAUUUGUCUUGACGACCUGAAGACGUUUACAAACUACUCAGGUGGUUACACUGCCACUCAUCCUGUCAUUACCAUCUUCUGGGAGGUGGUGGAAAGCUUCACCGAUGACGAGAAACGCAAGCUGCUCAAGUUUGUCACCAGUUGCUCGCGGCCUCCCCUCCUGGGCUUCAAGGAGCUGUACCCAGCCUUCUGCAUCCAUAACGGGGGGAACGACCUGGAGCGCCUGCCCACGGCCUCCACCUGCAUGAACCUGCUCAAGUUGCCCGAGUUCUGCGACCAGCACCUGAUGAGGAACAAGUUGCUGUACGCCAUCGAGUCCUCCGCAGGCUUCGAGCUCAGCUGAGGGGGGAUGUCUGUCUCUGACUCCCUGAAAACCACUGACUUAAUGGACAUGGACGGGCCAGAGAAGACUGUCUGUUGAGAGUGAAAGAAAGACUGAGGGGAAAGAUGCAUUGGUAUCUCUCCGACUGGGUGGAAAACAAACAGGGGUGAAAGGAUUGUCACCCAAGUCGGAUGAGGAAGAGGGGGACGAGGGAAGAAUGGAGGGGAAGGGAAAAGCGCAUAGUAAUUUUUUUGUUUUAAUAUAACUUAAAUGUGUUUUAAAAAUCUACAAAACGCAAAAAAGAGCAGCAACAAUAGAAUCUCGAGGCUGUUUUUUUUUUUUAAAGACUUUGUGCAAAAGAAAACGAAGAACAGACGAGAUCUACUGUAAGUGGCGAUACAUUUCAACCUUAAGCACAGCGUGUUGUGAAAUGAACAACAGAAAUAAACAUCAACAACAACGGAGUGUUCGCCAAAGAUUGAGCCGUGCUGUGCUGUUGGAAGAUGGGUAGAAGAGAGGCACAGGAAAUAAGAGGACAGAGGUGGGAGAUGGGGUGACAUACAGGACUGCAACACUCCUCUAACACCCCUGUGUCAAGGGUUUUAAGAGGGUCUAAUAGCGCCUGUUCCAAAUGGCGCCCUAUUCCCUAUAUCAUUCGCUACUUUUGACCUGAUCCCUAUGGGUCCUGGUCAAAAGUAGUGCACUAUUAAGGGAGUAUGGUGCCAUUAGGUCAUGUUUUGUGAUUACUGUAAUGAUUAUUAUCGUUUUCAGAACAUAAAAAUGCUAAUGGUUUGGGCAGGCUACUGUGUUGGGUUUUCAAGGCAAAGACUAGUAUUGUUGAUAAGAGAUUGGACUAUACUAUUGAUUACAUGAUCAUGGAAUAUUUGUUAAUAUGUAUAUGUGUUUACACCACUCUUGUACAAUUCCUUCACUCAUUAUUUGUACAGGUUGCUUUUCUCAGUUUCUUUUUCCUCUUGUGUUUCGAAUGAAGGCCUGGUGUUCUCACACACAGAUUAAAGUUAACAAUCUAAUUCUACAGUACUUUCCCAGGCUCCAAUGCGUAUCCACCAGAGCAUGUGAGCAGAGUUGAGCGGUUGGAAAAUCCAGCACUCCAUGUCCUUUCCUGCAGUUCCGCUAAAACCUAUCCGCGCUCACAGGAAGAAAAAAAACUGGCACUCCAAAUUCACUACAUUCAUGUAAAUGACAAUUUACCGUUUUGUUUUAAGUAUUUAAACCAAGCCAUAUGGAUUUGAAUGAACAUGAAAAGGUGAAUGUAAGAAGCGAACAUUUCAAAUAGACUACAUGUCAUAUUAAACAGCAUAUAAACAAUCUAAAUAGGUCAGGAGCCUAAGAAGGAACGAAAAUGAAUUAUUUAGGUUGUAUUAUUUCAAGGCUUUAGCCUACAAAGAAAUACAUUGUGAAGCAUUUGCGAGUGAGACACAAUAGGCAUGUAUGGACAUUAAGCGCUUAAAGCAUUUAAACAUAUCGUUGUAUGAAAUCAUUAUAGUCUGUAAAUUGAGCAUAUAGGCUGUGACUUAGAAUUAAAUACAAAUUAAAUGAAAAAUGACUUAUUAGUGCCUUUGAAUUCCUUUUUAGAAUUCCUUUUUAGAAACACGAGUUUGGCCAGUCUGCGGCUUCAGGCUCAUGCGAUGGUGCCUGGAGAGCAGGUCAGCAGCGGAGAAUAUACUCACCACACUUGCAGAACCACUGGGGAUGUUAAACACCCCUUUGGCAACUCUUCCAGGCAGGGCAGAGUUGUUGUUUGUUUUUGUUUUUCUAUAAAUAGGCCUAAAUGUUUUUAGGCAAAAGAACCCAAUCGUAACAGAAAGGUCAUUGAACGUGGGAAUAUGCCAGGCCUGUUGGGCCAAAAUCAAUUAUGGCCUAGUGUGUAGAUAAUUAGAAAGAAAAUGAACGAAACGUUUAAGAGAUCAGAUGUUUAGUUUAUAAAUACUUUGCUACAAUCUACCCACCUCUCCUUUUUUUUAGCAUGUGCACGUAGUUAAGUACACCAUUCUUUUGGGAUACGUGUCUUCAGAUUCCACAAAGAUUCACCUCACUACCUCUCUUGGUCCUUAUUUUUGCUAGUCACCCCGAUUUAGCACCUGUGUGUUUUAUCAGUUUCUUUAUGAAAAUAUUUAGCGAACCCCAUGACAGUAGCUAAAGCAAGGGGCUAUAGCAGCACACAAGUAUACUACAAAUGCAUACUGGGGCGGGCAUGCCCUGAGCUCGUGAAGUGAGCGCCACUGGAGCAAAAUUGGAGCUUGUGAUGAGCCCUAGGCUCCAGCCUUUUGGAAUCACGCUCCAGUCAAAUUGGGUACGUUCUGCUCACACACUCUGGUAUCCACCUUAUGGAGCAACAACUGUGAUUUUGUCUGAAAUGGCACCCUAUUCCCUAUAUAGUGUACUACUUUUGACCAGAGCCCUACAGGGCCUGGUCGAAAGUUGUACACUACCUAGGGAAUAGGGUGCCAUUUACUGCUGACGCUGUCAAGUUGAUAAGGCUAGUGAAACCUGACUAUCCAUGUAUCAAAAUAGUGGAGAAAAGUGUCUGAAUAUGAUUAAAUGCGUUUUUUCUUUUUA